UGACAACGCUCUGGACGCGAUUUAGUUGGAGCCCAGCGUGCAAGCGGUAAACAUGUCUCAAGCGCGUCUCAAUCGGUGGCAAAGCGGCAGCAGCAUUGUGUUCUAUCUGCUGUUGGCCGGGCUCGCAGCGGUGCACGGCCAGUCAGGAGGCACUUGGAACAAUGGAAAUGGCGGCGUGGGCGCCUGGUCGAAUGCCCAAACGGGCGGCGCUGGCAUGCAUCCGCCGCCGGGCAGUCUGAGCGGCCAGGAUCCGCAGUUCAGUUAUGGCUAUGCGGGCGUUGACUCACGCGGCACGUAUGGGGGCGCGGGUGGCAACGGGGGCUACUAUGUGAGCAGCACGGAUGAGCAUGGCAGGCCCUUCUCCUACAAUGGGCAGGGCAAUCAGCCGUUGCCCGGACAGCCGGGCUACAGCAUGGACAACGGCAGAUAUCCCGGCAGCUAUGGCUACAGGGGCGCAGCAGCAGCAACCACAAGCGGCACACUGGCCCUGACCCUUGGCGCCGCCGCAUUGCUGGCCAGCAGAUCUUCCCACUAGAACUGGGAAAGCAGCAGCAUUUGUUGGCCUUUUUUUUUUUGUUUUUGCCUAGUUUCUAAGUUUAAUUUAUGUUAAUUGCCGCAAACGUGUGAAUUGUUCAAUUAAAGAAGAAAAAGUGGCAAACGAG